AAAAGACGAUAAAAGGCAAAGAAAUUCAAUGCAAGUUAAUUUCAUUGUGAUACAAAUGACUGCACUCUAGAUUAAAUCACUUGGUCGAGUUAUUUUAGAUUAAAUUCAUUACAUUUUCUCUGGUCUGUAUUAACACGUUCACAAGCGACAAUGAUUUGAGCUGUCAGUUUGACAAGAAGGAUGUGUUAAAUUAUCACUCGACUGAACAGAAACUUUAAAUUGUAACACAACAUCUUUAACUUAGGUCGGAUUUAUUAAUGGACGAAUUAGUAGGCGGGAAGAAGUGAUAAAUAAGACUUUGUACAUUUUUUAUUUUAUUUAUUUAGUUUUUAGAAUAGUACGAUAUGUUUAAUUAACAUCAGUGUGUGUGCUUGCAGCCGACUAAAAACAGCUGUUUUUAAAAAGAAAAAAAAAAUAACGUUUGAAGUUUGCUGUCUACUUAAGCCAACUGAUUUAAAAAAUGUUCAUGUAACAAUAGUGUGAGUUUUGCAGCCGAAACGAACCGACUGAUUUUUAGUAAAUACUUCAUCGUUUUCUAAGUGUGAAGUUUGAAGCUGACUUAAACAACUGAUUAUUGAGAAAUGUUUUAAUGUUACACCAGUGUGCAGUUUGCAGUCGACUAAAACACCUUACUUUUAAGAUUUGAUUAUUUUUUAAUGUCAUAUAGAUGUGACUCUUGCAGCAGACUAAAAACAACUGCUUUUUAAGAAUUGUUUUUAACGUAACACCAGUGUGAUUUGUUUUCCGCGACAUCAGUUUAUGAUUGAUACUGACUUAAUUCAAUGGAUAUGAAUUCCAGUUCUUCAAAUAAUAUUUCAGGAUGCUCUACUGGUGGAGUAUUUACUAACUUUCCGAUUGAAUGGGAAAUAUCCAAAUGGAUCCGUUGUGUGGAACUGCUGCUUACAGUUUCCUUAAACAUUGCUGUAAUAAUCUUAUUAAGCCGUAUAAGGAAACGUUCAAAUUUAGUCUUCUUCGUCAUCAAUUUAGCAUUUUCAGAUUUAUCUGUGGGUAUUCUUCACAUUCUUCCAUUAACAGUCAAUCAUUUUACAUCAACAUGGGCGCUUGGAUCCGCCAUAUGUAAAUUACAGUUUUUUCUUAGUAAUGUUUCAUUGUAUGCCUCAACAUACCUGAUAGUGAUCAUUGGAAUCGACAGAUUUCACAGUGUGUUCAAACCUCUUAGUACUGUGCGCCAAAUGAGACAUUAUCGUCUGCUUAUGGUAUUAUCACCUUGGACACUAGGGACGCUUAUUAGUAUACCAGUUCUGUAUUGGACAGUAUUGUACCCUAUAUGUAAACGUGUCAUAUGUACUCCAGAUCUUAGGGGAAUCAGAAAGGUAGUACUUGUGUCCAAUGCCUUCCUUCUGUUAUUCAUUCCCGCUGUAUUGAUAUUCUUAUGUUAUGGAUUGAUUGUAUUCCUAUUAUGUCAACGACUGAAAGGAGAAAAACACAGUGGGUUUAGAGAACAAGAUUUACUGAGAUCAACACAAACAUCAAAAACAUUUACAAAGGCAAACAGGAGGAGCACUAUUAUUACAUUUGUAGUUGGAAUAACUUUUAUCUUCUGCUGGAUGCCAUCCGUUUUGGCGGGAUUAUUAAACUUAUACGGAACUAUUGGUUACGGAGGAUGGUUUGAUAUUCUGACUGCAUUGUCUCCCUUGAACAGCGUUUUAAAUCCAAUUAUAUUUUUGUCAUUUAAUCACCGAAUGUUUAAACCAUCUGUGUCAUAUAAAUACUCUCGGACAGUUGAGACUCGAGCAUGACUAUCGGAACAUAGAAGUUAUAUAAUUGGACAAGGUCACGAGAUGUUGACAUUGAGUAUUAAAAGAGAGGCGAAAGAUAAAACAUGUUAAAUAUGUCAAUAUUGGACAUGAUAUGUACACACGUAUACGAAUAUCACAACAGAGAAUUUAUUUUACAGGACAAACGCACGAGGCGUUUAAAUAAAACAUCAAACACAUCAAUAUUUGACCUGUCAUGGACACGUGCGUGAUCUGUAUAUCAUACGAUGACUUGAUCGUCAAAUAAGGAAAAUUCCAAAUCUAUUUGUUUACAUAACACUCAUAAAACAUCUUGGCUCAUUCAAAAUAGUUUAUGUCUGAACAUGCACGUGGCUUCUAAAAGUGUUCAUAUAUCUAUUUAAAACAUAAUAUGCCUAAUAAUCAUAAAUCUAACGAAAUUAUAUCGUAAGACGUAACAACACAGCGCUGUAAGCUGUGCGUGCUGACAAAAAUGUGGGAGAAAACCUUCAGUAAGGUUAUGGUGACGAUAAGGUAUCCGGACCGUAAUUAUGCACGUGAUGACUUGAAAAGGUCAGGAUCGUAUAUUUAAAACAUCAUGAACUCGGGAAAACACUGAAAAGUCUGCAAACGGUUGGUGACCGGAGUUUAUAGCUACACUAAUGAACAAAACAAAUAUUUUGACUGUGCAAUAUACACAGGAAUUCCGUCUAUAAAAACAAUUAUGUGUACAUGAUAAGGUUUCUGACCGAUUUACUAGUUGUAUAGACGAAAAAAAAUAUUACAGUCAUUCCUUAAAUAUUAAUGAAAUAUUGAUCUAAUUAUCAUACUGUUAUAUACUUCAUCAAAUGGUCAAAUAUUGAUUUUUGAAUUUCCAACUUUGCUGAAUUCAAUGAGGUCUCCCUAUUGAUAAAAUACCUUUCAUUUUUCACAACAUAUCACAAAUCAGGUUAAGUUUAAUUGUAAAUUAUAUUUCAAAAUAAAUAUUAUUGAUAACAAU